AUGAUUUUCACGGCCAGGCCCUCCUCCCUCAUAUCUCUGACCGUUCUUGUCGUGUUGUCUAUUACUUUCUUUUCUAGUACGGUUUAUGCCCUCCCCGCAAUUGAUACAGGUCCUAUUGCCAACCUUCAGAAUGAGAACACUUCCACCCAAACCGUAACGCUGGAUGAACGUGACCACAAAGGAAAUUUUCGUCGGUCAGAUGAAAUUGUUGCAUAUAAAAACUGCUGUGGAUACACUCCUCUUCCUGGGACUGGAGGUAGGUUUGUAAUUAACUUGGCCGGAUGGGGCAACAACGACAAUACACCAAACGUAGUUGAAACUCUUACCCAAGAUGAUUGCGCACCGGAAUUAGUGAAGAACAUUGAAAAAAUUGGAGGCUCGAUUAAUCCGAAAACUUGGAAAUGUCUACCAUCUUACGGUGCACCAAUGGAUACCUAUGUUUAUUUUGUGUUAAAGAAAGGAGACAAUGAUAAGGUAGCAGAGGCACUUUCUACAACCCAUAAAAUUGAACCCGCAUGGGAGUGUCUGAGUGGGCACGAAUCAAGCGAAUGGUGUAAAGAUCAGCAGAGAAUUGCCUCAUAG